GAGGUUUGCCCUAUUUUGUUGCGGUCGACUCGGAGUCGAAAUCCCCUUCCUUCAUAUCUUCACCGGACACCCGCGGAGGGCAGCAGUUCGGCCACUUUAUACCUUGGUAGGUAGGUCUGCUUCGUGCUUCUACGAGUUGGUGCAUGCUCUUCAGUUCUUUCGUCCAUCUGGGUCUGUCCUGAACUCGGCAUGGUAAUCAGGCGGCUUUGGCCAGGGUUCAUGAAACUACCCGGUGGAUGGAGCCAGUGUCAGGAGAUCCGCAUAUCACCAUGAUUACUGCAACCAAAAUUGAAGAGCACCACGCAGGAUCAGUCCUCCCUCGGAUUGAUGUUCCGUGUCAUUGGACUCCACCCACUUCCUGGGCAUACUCAUUCAAGGAGUUCAUUACAACUCAAUCGUCAUAUUCUAAACCGAGGCCCUUGUCCAACCAUCUCUUCAUUUCCCAAUAUGGGCUAUAAAUACUGUCCAGACAUUACAAGCAGACAGCUCGAGAUGAUCAGGAAAGUCACAGAGGCCAUGGAGGUGUUUCCUCAAACGAAUCGAGCGUUCUGAUGCAAAUUGACUAUGAACGAUGCUCACCAUGGCACUUGGGCUGAAAUUGACCUGAUCCAUAUGCAAACAGAAGUCUGCUGUUCCUAAGGGGGAAUGAUCCUUCGGUUUGUAGGGCUGAUGGCACGGUGCCUUCUUUUAAACCCUAUUCUGCCGUCACGUUCUGUCUUCAGACUGCCCCUUGUCCACAGUCAACUCGCUUGUGUCAAUGCAGUGGCUCUCCCCUUCCUUUCUGGGACCGGAAUUUGCCAAAAUGCAAAUCUUCACUGUUCUCCUGUCGCAUCCGGUGAGUUAUGGUGAUAAGCUCCCGCUUCAUUUCAGACACGGACUAUUACACGGUCCACGGUACAGGUCAUGAGCAGGAGCCUUUUUUUGGUGGACGCUCCAUAUGCAUAGUCACUGUUUGGACGUCUUCAUCCUCGAAAACCGCUGGGGAGAUGCUCAGCUCAGCCUCCAAGGAUGACCAUUCAUGUCCAACAACCGGUUACGAUCAGCUCGCUUCUCUUCUGCCGGCAGGACCCUCACGCCGCACCCCAGUUACGUCGGCAACAGUUCAGUUUAUGGACGUGAAUAGGAACGAAGUGAAGUUAUUCCAUGCGCAUACCGGAGGACCGUCGUCUAUAAAGUCGGAGUGAGAGAACGAUAUUCUACGUUUCUGGAUGAUUCUCUUCUUACCGUCUGAAACAUUCAUUUUGAACGCAGCACUACAACACAUUCAGUCUAUAGUGAGCCCACAAUGCAGCUACAGUCCACUAUCAAGUUGGUUCUGUUAUUGGCUAUACAGCUCUAUUUGGCCGAUGCAGCCCCUCAGGUCGUCGGAGCCUCGAAUUCAACCUUACGAUACGAGGCAGGCAGCAUCAAUACCAUCGCAGGAUCCAUGGUCUCGGAUCCAAAAGGGAUCUUUCAACUGGGAGACGAUGGCGUUCUUCGAUCGUACGACGGCGAUGGCACAGUCAUUGACUGGCGUCAACUGGAUCCCGACCAGAUUAAGCGAGCUUAUGAUGCACACAACAAUCGUGGCGGCCAGUUCCUGAGACGAAGCCCGCAGAACAUCGUGGACGGUAGGGACGUUGUCGAUAUCGACCAGAUUUUGAGGCCUCGUCAGAAUAUCCUCGACUCCGAAUUCGGCACCAGUCCCGUCUCGUCCAGCGAAGAUUCGACAGACGGAGAGGAAGUUGUCAAUGCCGACCAACAUUUGAGGCGUCGUCAGGUCGUCCGCAACGGAUUCGGGUCAACAGACGAAGGGGAGGUUGUCGAUGUCGAUCACCGUCUAAGACGUCGUCAGAAUAUCUUCCCCUCCGAAUCCGGCAGCAUUUCCACCCCGCCCGGCGAGGAAUCGACCGACGGGCCAGAGGAUCCUCCAUGCCGCGUUCUAUUGUGUAUCAACAACGAAGACUGCAGGACGAAGCCCCUUGGACACAUGUGCGCUUUCUGCGGGCAGUAUGACCUCGAGUACCCAGGCUUAGGGUUUUGUGAGCCCGCCGGCAGGGGUUGAGGCCGCUGGUGGUGUGAGCCGGGCCUCACCUAUUAAGUAGCAGGAAAGCUGGCCAUGACUCUGUAUACGGCAAGGUAGUCAUGAAAAUCGUCGAAGUCUUGGAAGUCCCUUUAUUACUGGAUGGAAGCAUACUUUGAAAGACCCUCACCGUGUGACACAAUACCAAGAAACUCGUGGUCACGCAGUAGUUGCUUGAUCAACAUACAUGUCUAGGUAUACAUACCUUAACCGCUG